AUGCGUCCGAGUCCCGUGAGUCAUGUCAGCCACAGACGUCCGAGCAGGAUAUUCUGCCCGCCUCCCUCUCCUCCAUUUUGCGCGGCAAUCCGACAGUCACGGCAUCAAGACUGGCUCCGAGGGAUUCGGGGAGGUGUUGUCGUGCCCGAAUUACGCGUUCGAGUGAUGCUGGAUGAUCUUGAAUGUCUGCCAUCCACCUCAACCCUUCACUCGGACACCGCUUGUUAUGCCAGCCACAACAUCACCCCGCUCAGCUUCCGCUUUUUAUGGGUCACUUGGUGCCCGCUACCGGAACAAUGUUUGUAUGUGUGUGUUUAUGUACGUCCUUGUGGGCCUGCGCUUUUGGCGUGUCGGAUGUGGGCAACGGACGUGUGUUGCGCAAUCGAAGCGAUGGGAUGGCAUUCAUCCACAAGUGGGAUUAGUUUCUUCCCCCCCCCGCCCCAUCUUCUCGCGUCCAGGCGACUUCCGGUGGCGCUUGUCAGCGUCGAAGAUGCGCCAACCGACGGAGCUCGCCCCGAGGCGGCCACCAGCAGAGUCCGGUGCAGUUGUGUGCUCAAUCAAGUCGAUGUUUGGGUUGGCCGCCCCAGGCCCGUCGAGUUGAUGACCCCCGCGUGGCGACUUCUGUUGCGGUAUGAGGUCAUCCGGGGGCGAGAUGCAAAUGCCGGUCCAACCCAGUUGCCGCCUCCACCCAGCAACCGGGCCCGGACCGGUCGGCUGCUGGCUCGUCGUUCAGUCGACCCGUGGCCUGGCCUCUGCCGGCCUGCCUGA